AUGGAGUCAUUAUUUAUUGAAAACUCGUUACGCCGUUUGUCAUUAUUGAUUGCUAAAGCCACUCUUCCUCCUUCGCCAACGCCUCUUCCUUCUCCCUCACCAUCUUCCGUCACAUCAAAAUGUAAACGUGAAAACAGCACCAACGAUUUGGUAAUGAAAAAUGGCAAUGGAACUUAUGCGUGUGCAAUGAACGACGUUGUCUUCUUAUGUAAUCCACCGAAUGAAGUACAACGACAAAAACAUGAAAAUAAAAAUCAAUAUGAAUUAGAAAAAUCGAGGACAAAUAAAUCAUUACCACAAGUUGUUCCUAAUUAUACAAACGAUGAUGACAUUGAAGAAAAAACAUCGAUGGUCAAACAAUGGAUAACAACAACGACAAUCGAGAAUGAUCAACUAAAAGUUCCAUUCGUUCAGACAACGAAUCAUCUUUAUCCACCAUGUGCUGUGGCGAUUUCACUUGAUCGUGCUUUGGACAUGCGAUUAUCAAAAUUUAAUCAAACAACAAAUGAUGGUCAUCGAAAAAAAUAUUCGUCAAAAAUUGAACCAUUAUUGAUAGAAUUAUCAAAUGAUCGACUAAGAAGUUAUUUAAGACGUUUAGAAAAUGAUCCAAGUUUGAAAGAAUUUAUUCAACCAAUUUAA